CGGAGCAGGAUGGUGCUGCUGGAGAGCGAGCAGUUCCUGACGGAGCUUACCAGGCUCUUCCAAAAGUGCAGGACUUCCGGGAGCGUUUUCAUAACGCUGAAGAAAUAUGAUGGCCGAACAAAACCAGUUCCACGCAAAGGCCACGUAGAAACUUUUGAACCAGCAGACAAUAAGUGUCUCCUAAGAGCAACUGAUGGAAAGAAGAAAAUUAGCACAGUGGUGAGCUCAAAGGAGGUAAAUAAAUUCCAGAUGGCAUAUUCAAAUUUGCUAAGAGCUAACAUGGAUGGCUUGAAGAAGAAAGACAAGAAAAGCAAGGCCAAGAAGAGUAAAGCAACACAGUGAUGGGACAGUGUGCUGCCAUCACUAUAAUAGACUUGACCCUUGCUCAAAGCAAAGUCCAUUUCUUUUUGUUACCAUUUGUCUUUGGCUUUCCUUCCAGCAGGAUAGUGGGAUGUGAUCAGUACUUUUGUUUGAACUGGUAGCAGAGCUGCUGUCUUCAGGUUGUUAUAUGGCAGGAGUAUGUACAGCAUUAUACUGAAAUAGCUUUACACUCAGCUGAUCUGUACUUACACUGCUACCAUUUACUCUGCAGUGUAAAACCUGUCUGGGGGGUAGCACAGGGUGAAGACAUAUGUACCAUACCAGAAACAAAACAGGACUGGAGCAGGAGCCUCAGUGACAGAUGCCCAGUUUUAUAGAUAAGCCUCAGUAAUUCGAGGGAAAGCAGGUGCCAACAUAUUAUGAGGAACAGCUGCUUUCCUGUUUCUGUCUUAAUCUGAGGGUCAUGUCUAUAUGAUGCAGUACAGAUAUCCCCAAGGCAGCGAGUUCCUGCAGAGCCCUCACUCCAUGCUGAUCCAGCUGUUCUGACCUGGGCUUGGGGUGGGGGGAGGGUAGGACUAUGCGUCCUGUUCCCUUCAGACAUGGCUUACAAAUGCUCAUGUCACCUAAACUUUUUUUUUUAAAAUCAUCCUUCUGUAUAGUCAGGGAUCUGAAUUUUCCUUCCUCCAUAUGAGCAGAUGUAAAAAGUAAAUAUGUAAUUACUCCUAUUAAACAUAAUGAGAAAUGAA